GACGUCCACAGUCAGCUGUGUAACCACAAGGCUCUGCUGCAGCGCAUCAUGGAGAGCCUGAAGAUGAAAUACUCCGACUCCCUGGUCCCGGUGGAGAUCGAGAGCCAGCUGCAGGAGGUCACACAGUCGCUGCAGCAAGUAGAAGUGAAGGUGGGAGAGGCGGUGGAGAGGAGCGGCCCCGUCCACAGGCUGGGGGCGAAGCUGUCUGAGAUCCAGGCUGGCCUGAUGUCCGUUCAGAAGAGACUUGAACAGAAAAGCCCAAAUGUGACCAUAGCUAAAUUCACUCAGAAGCGUGUGUGGGACGAGCUGGACGUGUGGCACUCGUGUCUGGCGGCGCUGGAGGUGGACAUGCAGGACCUGGAGAACCCUGAGGAGGCGCUGAUGCUCACUGAGAGACUGGUGGAGGUCCAGCAGCUCCACUCGCAGCUGGCCAAACAGGCGGAGCAGAGGACCACCCUCAUCAGCAAGAUCCCAACGUGGCUUCAGGAGCAUCAGGAGAUGAUCAGCAGCUCUAAAAGCUGGAUGGCUGAGGCCAAGUCGUGGCUCGCUACACCCUGCACCUACACCACGGCUAAAUGUCUGAGCAGCCAUGUUCACACUCUGCAGAUGGUGUUGGAUGACUCGGCACAGAUCCGGAAGACUCUGCAGGGCUUCAGCUCCGUCCUGCAGGAGAUGUCUCAGGUUUGCGACGUCACGACUCUACAGGAAAAGCUGCUGGAAGCCGAUCAACAAGUGGCCCACGUUCAGGACAGCUUCACUGCUCCUCUGUCCCACCUGGGCCACGCUGCUGACGAGGUGGAAGCCGUUGAGACUGAAGUCAGGUGUAUGGAGAAUGAUGUGGCUGAGAUCAAGAUCUUAUUGUCUUCUCCGGAGACUUUACCCAGCCCCAAAGAAGAAAGCUUCAAGAACGUUGAGCAGAAGAUCCAGUCCAUGAGGAGGACCAUUACUGAGAUCCAGAAGUGUAAAUCAGACCUGUGUCUUCCAGAGAAGGCUGAAGAGACUCUGACUGUCUUUGCUGUUGUGGAGCAGCUGCAGGCUCUGCUGCUGGAGCUGGAGAAGAAGAUCCCUGCUCUGUUCAUCCAGCAGCCUACAACUCCGGUCCAAACCAGUGCUACGUCUCUUCACCAGACUGCCUCUGGCCCUCAACUCUUCAAAUUCACUUCAGAGGACGCAGAGAAGGAAGGCGUCAGAAUUGUCCGUGUGAAAGAGAACGUGCUGAAGCAGUCCGGAGCGUCGCUGCAGACUGUGGAGCAUUCCUCCGCUGAGCAGAGACAAUCCGCUGACAGAACUCAGAGGGAGCAUCAAGGCGUGCUCCAGGCUGAAGAAGCCAGAGAGUCAAAAGAAAGUGAGGAGCAGAGAGUUGCAGAAGGUGGAGGAGGGGUUUUAUGGUGGCUCUGGGAUGCUUUCCUGGGUGCUCCGCCAGAGGCACAAGAGACUGAAGGGGCCACUGGACAAAGCACUGAACCGACUAAAGAAGACAGACAGGAUGUUGAGCGCCCCACUGACCCCACAGAAGCAAGUUCCUCUGAAGCGUUAUCAAAACCCCUGGGCACAGUCAGAACUCAGACACUGCCUGAGAGCAUGGUAAACACAUCCUCCACCGUAGGAGUCUCCAAAUCCUCCAAAUCCUCCUCUGGCUCCCAGCAGAAAUGUGUAGUCUCCUAGAUCUAGAACUUGUAUCGCUAGAACUUCUGACUUCUUCUUGUGUCAAGCAUUGAACUUCGAGCUUCUUUAAAGCCAUGGGCAGAAAGACCCGUCUCUAGAGGCAAGCUUGGAUUCCUCUGCUUCUUCUAGAAUCAGCCUGGAACACAAGUGUUUGCAACCUAUCAUAGAUGUCCCUACUUUUUCUAGGUCCAACCUUUGAGCCCAUCCAGAAUCAAGUUUAUAUUUUGAAUGUUCUUCCAGAAUCUUCUAAAAGAAUCUACUUAAUUAAUGGGCAGAACAAAUCCUUAAAUCCCUCUCUUUGACUACCUAUUGUAUAUACUCAAAGUUCUUCUACAUCUAACCAAAGAACUCCCCCGUCUAGACUUAAGCCUUAUCUAGAAUCUUCUAAAACAAGUUCUGGAUCUCCUAAAGUACUUCUUAGAUCUUCUAAGGACUCCCUUAUUCUUCUCGACCAACCUCAACGUGCCCUUCUUCUACACUCAACUCUAAUGAUGAUGUCUUAUAGAACCAUAGAGCUUUCUAGAAUCAAUGCUUUUCCACAAAUAAACGUUCACACUUUGCACGUCUUCUAGAAUCAAACCUAGAACUCCCACUUCUUAGUUUCCUCUAGAAUCGUUCUUGAACCUUGAUUGUGAUUUGGACUUUUCCUAGAACCGUUUCCUCUACACCCAAACUCUUUCUAGAACCUGGUAGCUCCAAGCUGACGCCUUCAGGUUUUAAUCAAAAUGUCUGAACCUUCAGUGCAUUUACAUGGCAGAGAGUUGAAACGGUUCACAGCUGUGGACUUUGUGUUUACAUGGGGGGAUUUGAAUCAUUGUUUCCUACUGUAGCGUGAAAAAUAAAAUAGAAGACAGAAAGUAAUUAAAUCAAAUCUGAUACGUGCCAAAUAUCUACUUUUCCCAAAAUGACCUCUCUUUAAAGGAGUUGUGGGCUUGCCUGUGUACAUUAAUAUGACUCAGCAGAUUAUAUUGCAACUAUGUGAGAAGUGAAUGAUAGUGUGACAGUUAUUUUACCAAAGAAAAGUAGCAGUGAUGGUAUUUAGCAUGUGGGUGGAUGGUUUUUGGUCUGUAAUAAGCUUUUGCAUGGACCUUCACUUUGGGUUAAUAUGUUUUUAUAAAAGCCAGAAACAAAGUGUACUACUAGACAUAUUUUGUGAACCAUGUUUUAUAAUGUAUCAUAUAGGUAUCUUAUUUACCGGCAAAUGCAGAGCGAAUCUGUUAAAAAUAAAGUUGCUUGCUUACAUGCAUCUGCUAUUUGAAUUUUCAUAUGCUGAACGUGAUAAUAAAUUGUUGUUUACCCAUUUGAUUGAUUACCUGAGUAGUUAUGACUUCAAUGAAUUGCUCAGUCACUGCCUGGCAGCAGGAGAGUGUGCAGAAAGAUUCCCGCUUUGUUGUGAAUCAGCAUAUUUUCUUUCACUAUCGACAAUGCUGGUUUUGUACAUACAAAAAGUUACCUUUUCUAAGAUGACGGUUGGCCAUGAAAAUGCACUGGUUUGACAUGAUUCCUGAUUAACACGCUACUGCUGGCAGGUGAAAACCAUGUAACUCCAAAUUGUAAUCAAAUAAUGUACUCAACUCGUACUAAAAUACUUCCUCCUAUGCAAAAGUUUUAAAGGCUUAUCAAUAUUUUCAUAAGAGCAAUAAUAACUCACCAGAAGCUGCCAUUUUUGGAGGUACAAGGUUUUCCCCUUAAAGCAGAAAUACUGAGAUGUCUUACAUUACAUGGCAUGUCCUGUACUUGUACAUUGUUCCACUUUUGCUAUUUCCAUUCUGUCUACAUAUCCAAACGAGCAGAAAUAUAAAUAAACCCACAACAGUGAUCCACUC